AUGGUCACCCAAAAGUUUGUCGAUAGCGCCACUGAACUUGAUGGUAUGCUCCAACGCAUGCACGACCUUGUCAUCCAACAUGUCAGAGAAGGCCAAGACGCAGAACAUGCUGUUGUCAACUACUUGCCCCCUGAAGAAUUGUACAAGGUUGUCGACUUUGCCUUGCCUGACCAAGGUGCAGGUGUUGAAGGCACAUUUGAGCUGAUCAAGAGCACCUUGGACAACAGCGUCAAUUCCUGGAAUCCUCGCUUUAUGGACAAGUUGUAUGCUGGUACCAAUCCCAUUGGUGUCAUUUCAGAGUUCUUGUUGGGCGUUUUGAAUGGCAACUGCCAUGUGUACCAUGUAUCACCGGUAUUGUCGCUUAUGGAGAUUGAAGUCACCAAGGCUGUUGGCAAGCUUCUUGGUAUGGGUGAUGCUUCUGGUGGUUUGUUUUGCCCUGGUGGAUCAGCAUCCAAUCUAUUAGCCAUGGUCACUGCACGUAACAAGUUAUACCCCUCCAUCAAGACCAAGGGCUACAUCCCCCGCCCAUUCAACCCUGAAGCAGAAUAUGGCAAGCUCAAGGUCUUCACUUCCGCUCACUGCCAUUACAGCAUUGACAAGGCUGCCCUUGUCCUUGGUUUGGGUACUGAUAGCAUUGUCAAGGUUCCUACCGAUGAGCGUUCUCGCAUGCGUGUUGAUGUGCUUGAACGCUUGAUCAACGAAUCCAUUGCUCGUGGUGAAACACCCUUCUUUAUUAAUGCCACUGCUGGUACCACUGUUAUGGGCGGCUUUGAUCCUAUUCGUAGUAUAUCAAGUAUUGCUAAAAAGUAUAAUUGUUGGUUGCACGUGGACGGCUCUUGGGGUGGUUCUGCUAUCUUUUCGCAAAACGUGCGUGAGAAUUUGGGCUGGCUUGAUGGUGCUGGUUUGGCUGAUACGUUUACCUUGAAUCCCCACAAACUCCUUGGUGUGCCGCUUCAAUGCUCUAUGCUCGUGACUCCGCAUCAAGGACACUUGCUAUUUGCCAAUGCCAAUAAUCUUCAGGCUGAUUAUCUUUUCCAUGGCAACCCUUACGAUCUUGGUGCUGGCACUAUCGGAUGUGGUCGCCGUCCAGAUGCCCUUAAAAUCUUUUUGGCUUGGAAGUUUUAUGGCAAGGAUGGUUUGGGUGCUCGCAUUGACCGUGCCAUUAAGGCCGCUGCUGAUUUCACUGAUAUUGUCCGUGAGAGACCUGGCUUUGAAUUAGUCGCUGAUCCUAGCGCCUUUUGCCAAGUUUGCUUCUGGUAUGUUCCACCCUCUUUGAAGGACGAGGCUGCAGAAUGGAAAAAGGACCCUGAAGUCUUCAAGGUCAAGAUGACCCGUGUCGUACAUUUGUUGCAUGAGCGUGUCAACCAUGGGGGUGACUUUUUGGUGGAUCAUGCGCCUUUAGAUAACUUGGCUCACUUUUUCCGUAUCGUUAUCAACGCACCCACUGUCAAUGUUCAUCGUGAUCUCGCCAAGCUCUUGGAUACCAUCGAGGACGCUGGAAGAGAAAUCGACUGGAAGAAUGCCUUUUAA